AUAAACAACAACAACAGGCACAGCUCGCCAGGGCGAAGGAUACUUUUCAACUUAGCAUUUCGCCUUCAUUGCGACUGGGUUGCCUGUAACAGUUAGCUGUUAUUAUUUAUUUAGUCGUCUGUAGGCCUAUAUUUAUUAUUCGGAGUAACGGUAGAAGAAGAAGAAGAAGAGUGUUGCGGGAGCCGCCGCCGCCGUGUGUUGACGUCUGCUUUUUGUUCCAACCGCCGUCCGGCUGACUUGCUGACGGAGCAGACCUGAGAUGAGCUGAGGGGAGGAAGGAGCACGUCACGGCAGACUUUGUCAGGUGAUGAGAGUUGAGGGGCUGUAGCUAAAUGUCAGCGGUCAUGGAGGACGACGACAGCCGGCCUCUGCUGAGCUCCGAGCAGACCGGAGAGAGCUACUCAAUCAGAGGCUCCACAGACUCCCCCGACUUCAAGGCUAAAAGGCCCUUCCACGUAGAGCCCAGGAAUAUCGUAGGUGAUGACCCGCAGGAGAGAGUCUCUGCAGAGGCCGCCAUCCUCAACAGCAGAGUCCAUUACUACAGCAGACUGACCGCCUCCUCUGAUAGACUGCUAAGUCCUCCAAACCAUGUGAUCCCCCGGCAAGAGGAGCUCUACAUCUACAGCCCACUGGGGACAGCUUUCAAGGUGAAAGGCAGCGACCACUCCUCUAAAAACCCCAGUAUCAUCACCAUAUUUGCUAUAUGGAACACAAUGAUGGGCACAUCGAUACUAAGCAUACCUUGGGGUAUAAAGCAGGCUGGUUUCACUCUGGGGAUCCUCAUCCUCAUCUUCACAGGCCUGCUGAUGCUCUACUGUUGUUACAUUGCUCUCAAAUCACCAAAGGCAAUACGGGGUGUGGACACAUCUGACUGGGAAUUCCCCGAUGUUUGUAGUUUCUACUUUGGCAAGUUUGGCAAGUGGUCCAGCUUGUUCUUCUCGAUGGUGUCACUUAUUGGAGCCAUGGUGGUUUACUGGGUCCUCAUGUCCAAUUUCCUCUACAACACCGGACAGUUCAUCUACAACUAUGCUCACAAUGUCAACAUGUCAGAUUCAGAGUUUGGAACCAACGGCUCAGAUAAAGUCAUCUGUCCAUACCCAAACACUGUCCCUGGAGGGAACCAUACCAUGAGAACGCUAUUCAUCGGUGACAGUGGAAAUGGCACUUCUGAUGGCAGCUCUUUUCAACACUGGUGGAGCAAAACCAACACCAUACCCCUCUACCUUAUCGUCAUGCUGCUGCCGCUGCUCUGCUUCCGCUCAGCCGCCUUCUUCGCACGGUUUACUUUCUUGGGCACCAUAUCAGUGGUCUACCUGAUUGUGCUGGUAACCAUUAAAGCUGUCCACCUUGGCUUCCACCUAGAGUUCCACUGGUUUUACACAAACCAGUUCUAUGUCGCAGAGUUCAGACUGCUCUUCCCUCAGUUCACUGGUGUCCUCACUCUGGCCUUCUUCAUUCACAACUGCAUCAUCACGUUGAUGAAGAACAACAGACACCAAGAGAACAAUGUGCGGGACCUGUCUGUGGCUUAUCUUCUAGUAGGGCUGACCUAUCUCUAUGUGGGAGUGCUGAUCUUUGCUGCCUUCCCCUCACCUCCUCUCUCCAAGGACUGCAUUGAGCCGAACUUCUUAGAUAACUUCCCCACCAGUGAUGUGAUGGUGUUUGUGGCUCGGACCUUCCUGUUGUUCCAGAUGAUCACAGUCUACCCCCUGCUGGGAUACUUGGUGCGGGUCCAGAUGAUGGGCCAGAUCUUCGGCAAUCAUUACCCCAGUUUCCUCCACGUUCUGGUUCUGAACAUCUUAAUCGUUGGAGCUGGUGUCCUGAUGGCCACGUUUUAUCCCAAUAUUGGGUCCAUCAUAAGGUUUUCUGGAGCAACAUGUGGCUUGGCUCUAGUGUUUGUCUUCCCUGCCUUAAUCCACAUGAUCUCCCUGAGGAGGCAGGGGCUGCUCCGCUGGCCGUCAGCCGUCUUCCACAGUUUCCUGAUCCUGUUGGGCAUGGCCAACAUGCUGGCUCAGUUCUUCAUGUAGAGAAGCAGUCAGACACAGACUCCUAACCAAAACGAAGCAAG